AUGGAACGUUUUGACUCUUCUACGCAUCAGAUCUCGUUAGAUCGUUGCGACUCACGUUCGACCACAUCCACUACCGACAUUCAGUUGGAUGCAUUGUUUGACGGAAUCGUCUCUUUCGGAUGGGCUUGGCCUAGAUUGGAUCAGUUUCACCGUUUUACCUUGCACCUAUUCUUGCGUCCAAGGUCCAUUCUGUG